AAAAAAAGGGUCCCUAAUUCGUUUAUUCAGUGCCAUGGACUAUCAAAACUAUAAGCUUCUUCCCUCUCUGCCAUGGCAACAGCGCUUGCUCAAAACCCCUCGAUCGACAAGCUUUGAGUCCUUUGAUUUUGCAGGCAAGUCCCUUUCAUUUCCGAACCCAAAUUCUAUCUAUAUCAAUCAACAUGAUUGCAAUUGCACGCAAUAACCUCUCCUAUUUACGUUUGAACCCUAAUUCAUUUCUCAGCAACUCAAAUCUUCGUUUCUUUCCCGCAUUCCACUUCUUCUCCACUUCGAAAGUGGAAAGACAAACCCCUUGCCUUAAAAUCUAUGAUGUAUUGGUCAACAAACACCACUUCUCUCCCGAAUCGGCUUCACUAGCUGCAUCACGUUCCCCCAAAUCUUGAUGCCCUAAAAGAGCCGAUUCAGUACUAUACUUCUUCAAAGAGAAUAGCUUUACGACUACUCAGCUCGAGAAAAUCGUCAUCUAUUAUCCUCCGAUUCUAGGGUUUCGAAUUGAGCGCAUCAGAUUCAAAUUCAACGUAUUCCAAAUAAUUUUCAGUCAUAUUUCGAUGUUACGUUCAAGCACGAAGAAUAGGAUCAUUCCUUCAUUAUCCAAGCUCAAAGAUUUCCUCGAAUCUGGUCAUGAAGUGGCCAGACUUUUGAAAAGAUCUGCCUGGUUUUUGACAACAGAUUUGGAUGAAUCCUUAAUGCCGAAUGUGGAAAUCCUCAAGAGCUGUGGUAUACCUAUGGAGCGUAUCCAUCACUUCCUCUAUAUUCGGCCGAGAUGCUUCUUGGUGAAGCCUCAUAUUAUGAGGAAAUCUGUAGACAAGGCCAUAGAAAUUGGGGCAUCUAAGGCUUCUGUCAAUUUCAUUUUUCUUGUUGGUUUAUUUGCCCUUAAGAGUAAGAGGAUGUGGGAAGUGAAGUGGCAAAGUCUCCGCAAUUUGGGAUUUUCUGAUAAUGACAUGUUCGUGAUUCUUAGGAAGCAUCCAACAGUUUUUGCGGUUUCUGGAAAUAAAAUUAAGAAUGUGAAAGAUCUUCUGGUUGCUACCAGCAAGUACAAUAUGUCCAGCAUUGUCACUUGCCCGUCAGUGCUCGGGUGCAGCAUCGAAAAGAGGCUUGAGCCGCGGCUGCAGAUUCUGAGACUUGUGGAUAGUAGGAAUCUGAUUGCAAAGUAGCCGAGUCUUAAUAGUGUUGCUACAUUCAGAGAUGAUCUUUUCUUUGACAAAUUUAUUAGGCCUUAUUACGAUGAGAUUGGCGAAGAACGCAUCACUCGGAGGUACAUGUCGAGGGCCAAAGGAGGUGAAGCUUUUAGCAGAUGCUUGAGGAACUGAACACACAUUCAUCCAAAACUUCCACUUCUCUAGUUCUCUUCUUCAUCACGCUUCGAUUCUCGGCAACGAAGAGCCAAAUGGAACCCGCGAUCCACGAGCAAGAUAUUUUGAUAGUCGGAGGCGGCAUAGCUGGCCUCACCACAGCUCUCGGACUCCACAGGUUGGGGAUUCGGAGCCUGGUUUUGGAGGCGUCGGAUGGAUUGAGAACCACAGGGUUCGCCCUAACUUUAUGGACGAACGCGUGGAUAGCUCUAGAUGCAGUCGGAAUCGGCGACGCCAUGAGAGCCAAUUCUCUCCCAAUUCAAGGUUUUGAAGUCGGUAGCUUGGAUUCCACCUCUUCUAGUCCAGAGCAAGGCGUUGAGACAGAUUUCAAAUUAGGCAAGUUUGAGAAGAGAUGUGUGAGAAGGACAGACUUACUAGAGCUUCUAGAGAGAGAAUUGCCACAAGGGAGUGUGAGAUACUCUUCCAAGAUUGUUUGCAUUGAGGAAUCUGGUAACUUCAAAUUAGUGCAUCUUUCAGAUGGCUCUAUUUUCAGAACUAAGGUAUUGCUGGGAUGUGAUGGAGUGAACUCAAUGGUGGCGCAAUGGCUGGGCCUCAAGAGUCCGGUUAGCGCUGCACGAGCAGCGAUCAGAGGCUAUGUCGUGUAUCCAGACGGCCACAACUUAGAGCCCAAGAUGUAUGCCUACUUUGGUGGAGGCGUGCGCGUCGGUUUUGUUCCUUGUGAUGACAAUGACAUAUACUGGUUCUGCACUUUCACUCCAUCACUAUUCAACUAUGAUGAGAGCGAGCGUGAUCCCUCAAAAAUGAAGCAGUUUGUGAUCAGCAAAAUCGGCAGGGCUCGUAAACAUGUGAUGGAUGUGGUGGAGAGGACCGAGCUAGCCAACAUCUCGUCCGCGCAUCUGAAGUUUAGGUCGCCGUGGAACAUUUUGUUCGGAGACAUUGUGAGGAACGGAGUGUGUGUGGCCGGGGACGCCCUGCAUCCGAUGACCCCGGAUCUAGGUCAAGGUGGGUGCUCGGCUAUUGAGGACGCGGUGGUUCUUGCAAGGUGCCUGGGCGGAGCUCUGUCGGAGGAGGGAGACGAGGAGGAUUGCGCGAAGAUGGCAAAGGGGUUGGAGAGGUAUGGGAAGGAGAGGAGGUGGAGAAGCUUUAGUCUUGUGAGCGCAGCUUAUGUUGUUGGUAAGUUGCAAGAGAGUGAUAACAAAGUGGUGAGCUUCUUUAGGAAGAUGUUUUUGUCUAAGUUUACCGUUGAGCCCUUUGUGAGAAUGGCUGACUUUGAUUGUGGGAAGUUGGUUGUUGCUUCUACUUAGGUUUUCGACCACGGCAUUAUACCUACAUAUAUACGAUUGUGUUAUAGUAAAAACUUAAUUUUUCGUAAAAA